AUGCUUUUCAAAAAAGAAAUCUUAUUUAUUUUCACAUUUUUGAUCAUAUUAAUUGGAUGUAAAGCAGAGAUUUGUCCUGAUAAUGAAACACUUAGUUUAGAAAGUGAUGGAUAUCAAUAUAUACGUGGUAAAGAUCCAUUAAUAUCGGCCUUAUAUAGAGAAUGGUGGUUCUUUGCUUUGUAUGAUCCAAUAGUUGACAUUGGAUUUUGUAUGGGAUAUGGUGUUGCAGAUCCAGCCAAAACAUUUAGUUUGCAAUCAUCAGAUAUUGCUGGAAUGUUAUGGACUUCCGUAUCAAAUAAUACUGGGCAAGAUCCAAUAGGUAUUUUAGAUACAUACAGUUACGAAGAUUUUUCUGCUCAUAAACAAAAUGCAAAUGUUACCGUUGGAAAACAAAAUUCCAUCAAAGUUUUAGAUGAUAGAACGUAUGAAGUUGUAGGCAGUAGCAGAAAUGGUCAAAUAAAUUGGUCAUUAACAUUUAAGCAAAUGUCAUAUGCUUGUAGACAAAGAAUAGAUGUACCUCAAUUGUUAGAAUUAGAUUGGAUAUCAUAUAUGCCUAGUGCUAAUGUAUAUGGAGUUAUACAAUAUAAUAAUACUCGAGUUACGAUUAACACGACUGCUUAUCAUGAUCAUAAUUAUGGUGCUUGGCCAACAAAUCUUUUCAAUUGGAUUUGGUCACAAUUUCAUCGUAUUGAUAAAGAAUUUUCAUUUGUUUUAGGUAGUUAUCAUAUUCCAUUAACUAAUGAAUAUAUUGGAUAUGUAUUUAUUCGAUGGAGAAAUUUACGAAUUAAAAUCGGAACAUUAUGUGGUAAUGCAUUUCAUUUAACACCAUUAGAAUGGCAAAUUGUUGAUAAUAAAAAAUAUGCUAUUCAUACAAGAGUUCAAACAGAAAAUAAAAAUUAUAAAAUUGAUAUUGCAUAUAAAGCUAGAGUAAGCAAUAAUAAUCCUGGUGGUCGUGGUUUAGGAUUAGAUGUUUUCGAACAAAUUUCUCAAUAUCAAGUUUCUUUUUAUGAAAAUCAAGGAGGCAAUUGGAAAGUUUUAGAACAAAAUUUAACUGGAUAUGGAUUUAGUGAAUGGAGUCAUGUAGGAUUUUAA